ACAUGGUUCAGCGCCUGCGUUCUGCGGAAGUUAAUUGGCGGAAAGAACAGGUGGAUUUAUCAACGGCAGGUGACACAGCCAGAGAAGAAAGCAGAGCCAUAUAAACAUAUUCAAACUGAACAGCAAGGCCAUGUGAGUCUGGCCCUGUGACUGUGUGUUAAAAGAGGGCUGAGACCAGUGAGUCCCCAUGUCUGCUAGAGGUGGUUCCUCCGGCCGUUUCGACGGUGUCCGGGAUGCAGAACCUCACUACGACCAGGUCCCAGUGGGCUCCUUAUGGAGGGACCAGGACCCCCCUCCUCCUCCCCGCUCCCUUGGGGUUUUCAGGGGGGCAGACCUGGCCGUGAGCUCCGACCCCCUGCCCCCCCCUCCCCUCCCAGACCAGCCCCCCGUGGGCCCUGACUUCUACCCCCCUAGCAACGGUGCCUCGGAGCACCUUGACAACGACAGAGCAGCCAUGGACAUCAAACCCGUCCACCGCUUCAUCCCUGACUCCGUCAAGGACUUCUUCCGCGGCAACAGUAUCCGUAGUAGCAGCAACAAGCCCUUCUCCUUCCCCCCGCCCCCCUCCCCGCCGCUGACGGAAAAAGACGACCUCAAACCAGGAACCACUAGAGGUGUCCCCUGCUCCCCUCCCCCCUCUCCCUCCCUCCCCGGCUCCUACCGGGACCCGUACGGAGGCUCUGGCGGCAGCUACAACUCCCGAAAAGAACGUGACGCCAUGUUGCUAGGAGUCGAGGCCAUCGAGUCAGUCUCGGGCAUCACUUUCCGCUCAGCCAAGACCUACAGCGAGCGGGUGGAGGAUUACCACCAGCGCUACGCCUAUAUGAAGUCCUGGGCGGGGCUACUGCGCAUCCUGGGCUGUGUGGAGCUCCUUUUGGGCGCUGUCGUCUUCGCCUGCGCCUGCGCCUAUGUGCACAAGGACAACGAGUGGUUCAAGAUGUUUGGCUACUCCCAGCCACAGUUGUUCGGGGGGUUAGGGGGCGGCGCAGCGGCCUAUGGAGGCAGCGGAUUCAGCUACGAUGGACCCAAAACCCCCUUCGUCUUGGUAGUGGCUGGCCUGGCCUGGAUAGUAACAGUCAUUAUGCUAGUCCUGGGGAUGACCAUGUACUACCGUACCAUCCUCCUAGACUCGUCCUGGUGGCCCAUGACUGAGUGUGUGAUUAACCUGGCCCUUGGGGUUCUCUACAUGGCAGCAGCGGUAAUGUACGUCAGGGACACGACCAGAGGAGGACUCUGUUACAUCCCCGUCUUCAACAACGGCGUCAACGGGGCCUUCUGUCGCACAGAGGCCGGCCAGACCGCCGCCAUUAUUUUUCUGUUUGUCAACAUGAUGAUAUAUUUUGUGGGCGCCGCCGUGUGUCUGAAGUUGUGGCGGCACGAGGCGGCGAGGCUGAGGAGGGAGGGGCUAGCGCAGGAGAUGAAAACCAUUGGAUCUUCCCUGCCAAUAUCUGCUCUGGGCGGUUACAGGACCUCAGAGCAGACCCCUCUCCCCACCCUCCAGACUAUCCCAGAGGUGUUGGACGGCCAUGUUGCCUCUCCAGCCGUCCCUCUGAUGAUGGAGCCAGAGAUCCUCAGAGGACACAUCCCUGCAGGACACAUCCCCAAACCUGUAAUCAUUGCAGACUAUGUGGCGAAGUACCCGACCAUCCGUACGGAGGAGGAGAGGGACCAGUACAAGGCUGUGUUUAAAGACCAGUAUGCUGAGUACAAGGAGCUGCAUGCUGAGGUCCAGGCCAUGGCCAAGAGGUUUGACGAGAUGGACGAACUGAUGAGGAACCUGCCUCCACGGCCCUCCAGCCAACUGGAGAAGGAACGCAUCAAUACCAUAGUAUUGGAGUACCAGAGAAAGAAAGCGGAUCCUACGUUCCUUGAGAAGAGGGAAAGGUGUGAGUACCUCAAGAACAAACUGUCCCACAUCAAACAGAAGAUCAACGAAUACAACAAGGUCAUGGACUGGAACGACGGAUUCAGAGGACCAGAGGAUCCCAGAAUGCCCUCUCACAACAAACGCACCCCUCCUUCUUACCAUCCGGGCAGCAGACGCCAUGAACACAGGUACAAGUAUGAGGAGCGUGUCUCCAACCCAGCCUACUCUUACUACCCGGACGAGGAGCUCCUCCACUUCUACCGCUGGACCUCUCCUCCAGGGGUGAUGAAGAUCAUCUCCAUCAUCAUCAUCAUCAUGUGCGUAGCGAUCUUCGCCUGCGUGGCAUCUACACUCGCCUGGGACUACGACAUGAGCAUGAUGGGAAUGAGCGGCGGCAUCGGCGCCGGGCUGGGCAUCGGAGGCGGAGGCGGAGCCGGAUAUGGAGGGUCCUACGGCGGCGGCUCUUCCUACGGCGGCGGUGUCGGAGGAGGAGGCUCGUCCUAUGGCGGAGGCAGCUACGGAAGCGGGACCCAGACUGACCCCCUGGCGGGGAAGGGCUUCAUCAUUGCCAUAGCAGCCAUCACCUUCAUCGCGGUGCUCAUCAUCUUCAUACUAGUGGUGUCGCGGCAGAACACGUCCCGUUCCCCAAAGUUCUACCUGGGGGCCAUCAUCGUGUCAGCCAUCUUGGCGAUACUAAUGAUCAUCGCUACUAUAGUCUACCUGGUGGCGGUAAACCCCACAGCCCAGUCCUCAGGGUCCGUCUACUACAACCAGAUCAUACAGCUGUGUUCCCAGUACCAGAAUCAGAACCAAGCCCAGGGCAUCUUCAUCAACCAGUACCUCUACCACUACUGUGUGGUGGAACCUCAGGAGGUCAUAGCCAUCAUCCUGGGUGUCUUGGUAUUUGUGGGUCUGAUCAUCCUUCUGGUGUUUGCUGUGAAGACGCGUCAGAAGAUCAGACGCUGUGGCCCAGACAGAAUCCUCUGGGAGGAGGUCAAGGUCAACAUCAACAGCAGCAGCCUGCGCACACACACCAUCGGAGAAUGGGUGAAUAACGUGUCUGGUCAGCCGGACACCCUGGUGAACGACUACAACGACAAGGUGGGGGGCUCCAGGAACUUCCUGGACCAGCUGCCAGACCACAAACCUCUGUAUCUGCCUGGGAGCUCAGACAUAACAAGCUCGUUGGGAGGACUGAAGAGCAAGCUGAGGGACAACGACACUGGUGCAGAAUCGGGAGGAGAGGAUCUGGACCAGAUCGACUUUACCACCAAGUUCUCUGCCAUCAUGAAUGAGCAGGAGCGUCUGGACUACAAGAGGGAGUUUGACCGGGACCACCUGGAGUACAAAGAGCUGCAGGCUGAGCUGGAUGACCUCAACAUGGGCCUGGCUGACCUGGACAAGGAACUGGACAGACAACCAGAGGGCAGCCCACAGUUCCUGGAUGCUAUGGAUGAGUACACCCGGCUGAAGAAUAUGAAGAAGUCCCCAGACUAUCUGCUGAAGAAGAAGAGGUGCAAGCACCUGAAGGCCAAGCUGUCUCACAUCAAGAGGAAGGUCAGCGAAUAUGACCGCAGACCCUGACCUCUGACCCCAGUCCAGAGCUGACUCCACCCCCUGUCUGUCCAGGAAACUGGCCCCAAAAGAAGGAAUACCAUAAUGGGAGAGGGAUCCAGAGAAGGCUUUUUUUUCCCUCUCAAUGUGAAGUCAUAUGAACUGAUUUUAAGAGAGAUCCUUCUCUGAAUGUCUAAUCAAGAUUUUUUUUAAAUCUUUUUAUUUCAAUAAUGUUAUCUAUUUUUAAGAUGGAUGUUGAAGUUGAGUUACAACCCAAUACACCCAUACACCCAUACACCAGUAUCUUAACGUGGUGCUGCCAGAGGAUUCUACCCAUAGCCGCAGGAAGUAGGGAUGCUGAGGGUGUUGUGAUGUGGCUCAGUGAGAGCAUGGCGCUUGCAAUGCUAGGGUUGUGGGUUCAAUUCCCCCGGAGGUCCAGUUCGAAAAUGUAUGCCCUCACUACUGUAAGUUGCUCUGGAUAAGAGCGUCUACUCAAAUGGAAAAGGAUUUAAUAGACCACUUCAGUUUUCACAUGGAAAUAAGUUGCAUUUGCAAAAGUGUUUCAAGAAACUGGAAAACAUAUCAAGGCGAGUAUUUUUCUAUUUCACAAGUAUUAUCAGAUUCAACUGUUUUGUACAGAAUUUUUUUUAUUUUUACAUUUUUUAAAUGUUUAGUCAUUUAG